AUGGAGGUCGUGCAUGUGUACACGCGGCUGCGGCGCGAGCUGGGCCGCCACUGUUUAUUCUCCGACCGGAACGCGGAGCUGCUGGCGGACGUUCCGCCCGAGCCCGACCGGGGACUGCGGUUCCUCCAGCGGGGCCGCCGGGACCAGGGCCCGCAGGCCUGCCGCGGCAUGUCGGAGCAUCAGGUCAACACGGAGCGCUUCGAGUCGGAAAGCCGCGGGAUAAACCACGUGGAGGGGGGCUGGCCCAAAGACCUGAACCCCGGGGACCUGGAGCAGACCCUGCGCUUCCGGAAGAAGGUGGAGAAGGACGAGAGCUACGUCAACAGCAUCCUGCAGCUGGGCCGCGUGAUGGAACACUCCAUCCGGCAGAACAACACCCUGGACCUGGACCGGGACCUGGACAGCUCCGAGGACGAGGAGGACCGUCCGGACCCCUCUGCCAAGACCGUCAACGUCUUCAGAGACCCAAAACCAGGUGAAGCGCACCGUCAGCAGCCUGUCCUGGCACCGGACGGGGGCCGCAGGUUGGCCACCGCCUACUGCUGCCUGCAGUUCCAGAGCGGCCUGGACCUGAACCUGGACUCCUACAUCUGGGACGUGGAGAACCCGAACCGGCCCGAGACGACCCUGAAGCCGUCCUCCCACCUGGUCUCUCUGGACUACAACCCUAAAGACCCCCACACGCUGGUGGGGGGCUGCCACAGCGGACAGAUCGCCUUCUGGGACACCCGGAGAGGGGGACAGCCGGUGGAACUGUCCUCGGUGGAGCAGAGUCACCGCCCGGUCUACAAGGUGAUCUGGCUGCAGUCCAAGACCGGGACGGACGCCUUCUCCGCCUCCACAGAUGGACAGGUCCUGUGGUGGGACGUGCGGCGUCUGUCCGAGCCGACGGAGCGCCUGGUUCUGGACCUGACUCGGGAGGGGGACCUGGACCGGGCCCUGGGGUCCGUCUCUCUGGAGUUUGAGACCACGAUGCCCACCAAGUUCAUGGUGGGCACAGCAGGUCUGGUGGUCUCCUGCAACCGCAAGGCCAAGACCGCCUCCGAGAAGCUGGUGAGCGCCUUCCAGGCCCAGCUGGGCCCGGUCUGCGCCCUGCAGCGGAACCCCUUCUUCCCCAAGAACUUCCUGACCGCCGGGGACUGGACGGCCCGCAUCUGGUCCGGGAUCAGGGAGUCCCCCAUCAUGUGGACCG